GAGAUCCAGGAUGUUAAUGAUGAGCAUGUGAGGAGCAGACAGGAGCUGGAGCAAACUCAGAAUGAGCUGACCAGAGAACUUAAGUUCAAGUAUCUGAUCAUAGAGAACUUCAUUCCUCCAGAGGAGAAGAAUAAAAUCAUGAACAGACUGACGUUCGACCCUGAGGAAGAUCAGUGGAAGUCCCAGCCUCUGGUCCCUGCCAAGAGUAAGUUCUCCCAGAUGAAGAAGAGGCCAGCGUCUGCAGUGGGGUACAAGCGACCUAUUAGCCAGUACGCCAUGCGGGCCAUAACCCAGGGAGCUCUUUCCAGAUACAGGGCUGAAAACAUCAUGUUCCUGGAGCUGGACAUGAGUUGGCCCUCUUCCGUCUCAGUGGACCGUUCGUCAGAAGGGGAGCCUAACCAAAGCCCCUCUCUGGACAACUCUCCCACCCAGGACAGGGCUGGACGCCUGCGCAAGUCCCGCUCCUGGUGCCAGGCCCCAAAGUCCAUCACGUCCUCCUCGUCCAACGUUUCCUUGGCUGUGUGCUACACCGCUGCAUCCACGGCAGCCCAGUGAGCAGCAGAGACCUAGGCUUUCUUCUUCUUCUCUGGGCUUCUUUAUCAUGGCUGUCGUCAGUAUUUAUUUGAUUCUUCCACCUUCUGUCUCUCGCUUCCCUCUGUCAGUCCCACUCUCUAUUUCUACUACUGAUUACUUUCCUUGUAUGUCCACGACUUUCUGGAGUCCUCCCAAAGACCUUUCAGUGAGGCCUGCUGCUGGGACUCGUACCCGCACAUCCACUUGCACUGCAGCCAGGCUGGUAGAAGAGCCGUUUGAUGAGUUAACGGGGUAAUAAGGAGUAAA